AUGCAUGACGAAGAAGAUCCUCCACCAGCUUAUCAAGAUAUAUUUCCCAAUGAAUCAACACCAUUUAUUUCCACUAAUAAUACAAAAUCUAAUAAUAGAGAACAAAGUUUUCCCGUUUGUGGUUUCUUGAGUAUUUUAAUUCUAUUAUUUUUAAGUUUCAAUACAAUACUUGUUUCUCGACCUGAAGAAGAACCUGAUGAUACAACUCGGGUGCCUGAAUUUUAUCAAUUGCGUUGGAGAAGUAGGUUUGAUAGUUCCGAUUUUACAUAUAUAAUAGAAGCAACUUCGUGUUCACUAUUCAUCACGAGAACAAAUUAUAUUGGAGAUAACGAUACAAGUUAUGACAGUUAUGACAACAUUAAUUAUAAUAAUGAAGAUGACGAUGUUAAUGUUGAGGAAUUUUUCUACAAACCAUCUCAAGAUAAUUUUUAUAAAAAAUUAAUUACUGCAAAUGGAAAAUUUGAAAGUCAUUGGCCGGCUGAAUUUUUAAUCACUUUUACGACAAAAGGAAAUGUUCGAGAUCCUUCAGCUAUUGAAGGAUGUGAUUACAAAAUUUUAAUUAAUGAAAACUUGACAGGAAAUAUAUCUCGUAAAUGUUGGAGAAUUUUUGAAUCAGAAUUUACAAUACAAGCAUAUGUUAGAGGAAGUGUGGAGAAUGGAUUAACUUUUUUUGAUGAAAAAGAUUCUAAAUUAAUUCAUGCGUAUACAAAAAAACCUCAAUCUUUUUGGAAUUAUAAGAGAAGGGAUAUAUUUGUCCAUAGUUAUGCACCUUUCCCAUCUGUCAUUCCUGCAUUAUAUUCAGUUUAUUAUGAUUUUGUAAUUCUUAAUUUGAAAUCCUAA